GAGUACGUCCGAAUUGUGUCCUUACUACUCGCUCGCAUACUCAUAGAACUUAUUACAGUAACGGUCGGGUAGUAUGUUCUUAACCGACGUUAGCGCACACUCGGAUGCAGCCUCAGUCCACAUCUGAUCGUUGGUAUGCCCCGCCCUUCGCUUGACGGACAGCUGCGACAGGACGGUUUCACGGCACAUAUCAGACAAGCGAAUCUCAGCCUGUCACAGCGGCGUCAUCGCAACCACGUGGUCUCGCAGUUAGAAGUACGCAAGGCAGCACUUCCUGUUUUGCACUGACUGAUACUUUUGGCGAGAGGAGCCAGGCCAACAACGUUGAACUGAGGAAGAACCCUUUGCAGUGCCUGACAGACAGACGGACAGCGAUGCCUGCAGAGAAAAUGGAGGAUUCUGGGAAGGAGGAGGCCAUGUCCAACGGCGGGGGACUGGUGUAUGAAGACAACGAGGUGGAAGACAGUGUCAGGCCUGAGGACCUGUCCGAGCUGCUGGCUGCAGGGACCAAGGAGUCACACGACAAAGCCGAGAACACGCAGUUCGUCAAGGACUUCCUCCGGGGGCGCAUCCGCAGGGAGCUAUUCAAGCUGGGUACGGUGGCCCUGUACUUCACCUACACGGCCAUGGAGGAGGAGAUCGAGAGGAACAAGGACCACCCCCAGUUCGCCCCGCUGUACUUCCCUGCCGAGCUGCACCGGCAUGAGGCGCUGGCCCGGGACGUGGAGUACUUCUACGGCGAGGACUGGCAGAGCCAGGUCAGCUGCUCCCCGGCCACCCAGCGCUAUGUGGACCGCAUCCAUGAGGUGGGCCGCACCGACCCGGCCCUGCUGGUGGCGCACUCCUACACCCGCUACAUGGGCGACCUGUCGGGCGGCCAGGUGCUGAAGAAGGUGGCCCAGCGGGCCCUGAAGCUGCCGCCGACGGGCGAGGGCCUCAACUUCUACCAGUUCGACGGCAUCCACAGCGCCAAGGCCUUCAAGCAGCUGUACCGCAGCCGCAUGAACGAGCUGGAACUCGACGCCCCCACCAAGGAGAGGAUCGUGGCUGAGGCCAACCGGGCCUUCCAGUUCAACAUGGAGGUGUUUGCUGAGCUGGAGGAGGUUGGGAAAACCUUGCAGGAUGAAGUGCUGGAUGCAGGAGUCCCUGCUCAUGGGGACAUGCAGGGAGACAUCAGCCAAUGCCCCUACUAUGCAGCCAAAAUGGCUGCUAGCGGAGGAACAGCCUACGCCUGUCAGAUGGCCGUGGCUGCCCUCAGGCACCCCACCGGCCAGGUCCUUCUGGCCGCCUGGGUUGCCGCCAUCGCCGGAUUAGCCGCCUGGUACCUCAUGUGAUCCGGCGCCAGCCAAUCGCUGCCCUCCGGGAAGGACAGAAGACGGGAAGGAGGCCGGGAGUUUAAAGACUGGGCAAGGUCGACGGACGUGAAUCGGUUUCCUCCCACCUUCCUCUCUCUGUGUCUCUCUGCAUCUCACCAGCCCUCCAGCCUCUCAGUCACGCUAUUGGCCAUUUCACACAGCUCCACGAGGGCGUGGCCAACCCCAUCACUUCAACCGCCUCUGUCACAGAAGGAGAGAUCCAGCAAUACGGUUUUUAGGAAAUAUAGAUUGUGGUGCAUCUGAGUU